UUGUCGACUAUCUAUUCCAGCGUCACCGUUUUUGUUGUUUAUUUUCGCUAUAUUUUAUCAAAAGUAAGCGUAGAAAAAGCGUGUAAAAAAGCCAAAAUCGAAGUUCUGUAAACACCAAAACAAUUAUAUCGUCAACCGCAUCCAUCGCAUCGCAACGAUCGCAAAUGUUCUUCUUUUGUAGCAGGUAUGCGACGCCAUCUGCUCGCUAAGUUUGUGUGCUGAGCCGUGCUGAGCUGUCACAUAAAAGCUUUCCAAAAUAAGAACGCACUUAAAAUUUGUGGCUUUGUUUUUGUUAUAUUUCAAAUCGGAAAUUUUCGAUAUUUCAUAAAUUACAUCCAUCUUCUCCGAAACAUCGAAGGUACCGGUUCGGAGAGCAGUUUUAUUUUGUUGGUGAAAAUUUUCAAAAUUUGCGAAUAACUGCAGCAUAUCAAUCAGUUUGCACUCGAUUUUUCUAAGGUAAAACGCAAAAAAAUUUCGGUCUAUUCAAAAUGGCGAAGCGGAUAGCUGAAAAUCCGGCUGAAAUAUACGAAUGCGAGCAUUGCGAUAAAUCGUUUACCUGCCGUAAAUCAUUCUCACGACAUAUGAAAGAAGUCACCACCGACAGCCGUAUCAUAUGCAUUGUACCGCGUUGUGACUCGACAUUUAGUCGAACGGACAGCUACCGAUAUCAUUUGACUCACACACAUCGCAAAGACUUCGCAUUCAGCAAUGAGGUAUGGAAGUCGUCGACGAAGAAAAUACUUAGCCUAAUGGAGGAACAAAUUGAAGCGAACGAUUCCGGCAAAAAGGACGACGACACUCCUCAACGGUUGACGAAAAAACGAAAAGUCGAAGUGCCAAUCGCCAAGGACAACAUUCAAGACAUCGCAGAAUCGCAUGCUCCAUUCACCGCUAGUUCCACCAAUUCGGACGCGAAAAGACUGAAAGAGAUUGUUUCGGUGAAGAAAUUUCAUAUUCCACCUUUUGAAACAAAAGGGGACAGUGUGAGAAAAGGUGAACUGCGCGAUUAUUUCGUUGGGAUGGCCCAAAUGUUUUGCAAUGCAAACGAAACCGUCAAAGUCAUUAGAAAAGAGCUGGCAAUCGAAAUGGAAACUAUAACAGUAUCGGCAACCGCUACAGCAGAAAUGGUUUCCGAAACAUUGCCGUCAACACCUCCAUGUCCAGCAGUGUCGAUUCAAGAUUAUCACGAUGACGACGAUAAUGUGUACUUGCCGUCAUCGCCCCGAUCUCUAGCAGUGUCACGUGGAGAUUACGACGACGAUGAAUCGAUCGACGAUCCUGGUGCACCGAUGAUUUCGAAUCAUCAACCUGGUGCAAAAAUGAUAUCCUAGCCUGGACGAUAUGCAAUCGUAUGGUUCGUUUACCGAUGUCGUCAUACUUCUGUCUUACCCAAUUGAAAUACAUUUUUGAAAUACAACAGUGAAAUGAACUGGUUUGGCUGUGUUUCACCUAAUUUUUCACUUAAAGAAAGG